AUGGACCUUUCCCGGUCCCUGCGACCUCUGCCGCAAGCUGAGGGUCUCUGCCGUCGAAGUUUGCUGCCUCAAAGGGUACCACAACUUCGAUCUCGCGCAGCCCUCGGAUUCCUGGCGGCGGCCUGCUGGCCACUGGCCGCCACGCAGCGCCUGCGGCGCUCGUUUGGGCUCCGUGCUUUCAGCUCCCGGAUGGCUCUUCCCGCC